GACGCCAAGCCCCGCACGCUGUACGAGAAGUACGAGACACACUUGAUGAAAGAUUUCCUCGACAGGGGUCUCUCCAAGGACACCGCCCGCCGGGAGCUACAGCGAACGCUCAAAGCAUCCUGGCUGGCCCAAGGCAACACUGAGGAAGCCUGGGUUCUACACUCCCCCGCUCACCCCACCACUGCCCGCGGCGCGCCCGUGCCCGACUUCACCCAUUGCACCCCAGCAACAGCGGCAUCAGAAGCCAACAGACUGUGGAACCUGAUCAAACGAGACCCGGAUCAGUCCGGGGCCGCCAAAGACGUCAUCGACGGCGUGCGUUCUGGCGCGUCCAAGCUCAUUUUCUGCCAGGGUCGAGCCGGCUGCGGCAAAUCCACCCUCGCCAAGUACAUCUCCUACUACGUGCGGUCCCUCGGCAAAAGCUGCGUCAACGUGGCUUCAACGGGCAUAGCGGCCUUAAACUUGCCAGAUGGGGCCACCGCGCACUCGACUUUCAAGAUCCCGAUAGAAGACGCAGAGCACCUCACCUGCCGCCUGGGGCACUCCUCCGCGGGCGCCCUCACCAUCGCGGCCGCUGCCGUCAUUCAGUGGGACGAGUGGCCAUCCUGCAAACGCGCUGCCUGGGAUGCGGUCCUCGACUACCUCGCGCUCCUGCAGCAGGCUCGGCCAGACAUUUACGUCCCAAAAGUCAUCAUCACCUACGGGGACUUCCGCCAGAUACCGCCUGUUCUGAAGCACGCGUCUAGACAGGAUGUCCGCGCCGCCAGCGUCACAACGUCGGCUUCGUGGCCCUCCUUCCGCACUUGGCAACUCCGCACCACGCACCGACAAAUCCACGACAGUGACUACGCUUCAUGGAUCGAACGCAUCGGCCAGGGCGAGGUUCCGCACACGCACACCAUUGAUGGCGAACCCGGCUACAUCGAGCUCGACCGCUGCUCCGUGACCCACACCAUGGACGACGCCAUCACUCAUUGCUUCCCACACAUAAACGACCCCGCCGAGUGCGCCGAUCGGAAGAUUCUGACAGCAACGAAUGAGGCGAGAAACACCUUUAACGACCGUAUCCUGGAUACUCUGACGCGCACUUAUCUGCUGCACGAGUUCAUCGCCAAAAGCUCGGACGCCAUUGAAUACGACUCCAACAACGACACCGUCGAAGAUCACAUCACCGCCGAGUUCCUCAACCUGCAGGACGAGAACGGAGUCCCCCCUCACGCUCUCCGGCUCGUUGUUGGCGGCCUCUACGAGCUGAUGAGAAACUUCAGUCCGUGUGAUCGCUUGAUGAACCACACGCACGUCGUGCUCAAAUCGGUCUACGAGAAACACGUCCUCGUGGAGCGGCUCGAUGGGGAGCAGUUUCCCUUGCCCCGGAUCUGCUUCCGCUGGGCACUGGGGCGGGGGGCCACCACCAUCCGCCGACGACAGUACCCUUUGCGUCCAGCGUACGCUUCGACGUUCAACGGCUCGCAAGGCACCACGCUGGCCCGCUGCGUGGUCGACGUCCGCAGAAGCCCGUUUUCCCACGGCCAUCUCUACGUAGCUUUGAGCCGGGUGGAGACUCGAACGACCAUCCGCAUCUUCACACUGCCGGAACGCUGCAGCACUGCUGGCAAAGCCCUCACCAAAAACGUGGUGUGGCCAGCUGGCAACGCGGUCCUCGACACGUCCGUGCCGGUGCGCGCGCAGCCCGACGUUGGGGACCGCAUCCGCGCGUCCCUGUACACGGUGAACGUCACGAUCGAGAUGGUCGACACGCCGACGAAGGCCAACGCGGGUUCUCGCCUCACGCUGUCCGACGGCAUCAGCAUGCGCAGCGGGGCCCCCGCCAACCGCCACGGCCUCGCCACUACAGUGAAGAGGGCCACCGACCUGCUGAAGUUGAACCAACCACCCAACGGAGUAUGCGUUUCCGCUGAAGGGCUCCAGCCACCGCAGGCCGGGCAUAACCCUACCUCCGGGAGGAGUUGGGCCUGGGUGGUGGCCGCCUAUGGCGACAGCGCCAGAGCCGCCUCCCUCGCCACGGAGUACGUGGCGACCCGCGCCGUCGACAUCAUCACCCACUGCUUCUUGAAGGCCGACCUCCACGUCCCGGCGACUGACACCCAGUGCGCCUGGUCCGCCAAGUCCACGCUGCUGAACAAUCGGGUGUCCAUCCGCCGCACGGGCUCCAUGACGAAUGGCCAGACGUACGAGCUCAACGACCUGAUCAAUUUCGUCUACACGAUCCACCCGAACGUCCCGCCCAAGGUGGCCCGCGCACUCAAGGACUUCUUCGACGCGUACCCGUCCAUCAUCACGGAGGGUGCAGGCCCGGCCCUCGUAGGCCCCGCCUCCACGACCGUGCACCACAGCACUUCCGCUGCGGCCGCAGCGCCGAAGCGCGGGGUGAAGCGGCCCCCGGCGCCCAGCGCGGCGAAGAAGGCCAAGAAGCGCUGA